AGCUAGUUAGCUGUUAGCUGAGUUUUCCUUGCAGCUCCUCGGCUGGGAUGGAGCGCAAAAUGGGACUCCGCCGAACUGACGUCUGCCAAAUAAAGUGAACCCCCCGGGCCGCUUCGACUUUAAGCGCAUGGCGUCAAAAGCACCGGCGCUCACCAGUGAUCGGCACAAGUCGGUGUCACGCUUUGUCGCUUUUAAUGACGACGACGAGCACUGCGGUUGUAUCCUCCCACUCGCUAAAGAGGCCUAACAUGACACUUCAUGACCUGACAUCUCGCCUCCCUUAAAAUUAAAUUGCGACUAGCUGAGCGAGUCAAGCAUGCUUUGCCCCUGAAGAACUGCAAAGGCAAGAGUGAGAAGAGGCCCAAAUGGAUACUUAAGGUUUUAAAAGAUGCCCGAGAACGCCGCACACGCCAUGGAGGAGGAUAUGGAGACCUUCGCCUUCCAGGCAGAGAUUGCUCAGCUCAUGUCCCUGAUCAUUAACACCUUUUAUUCCAACAAAGAAAUCUUCCUCAGGGAGCUCAUCUCCAACUCAUCUGAUGCUUUGGAUAAAAUCCGCUAUGAGAGCUUGACUGACCCCAGCAGACUCGACUCCUGCAAGGAGCUGAAGAUCGAAGUCAGGCCCGACUUGCACGCCCGCACCCUCACCCUGGUCGACACGGGAAUUGGCAUGACCAAGGCUGACCUGAUCAACAACCUGGGCACCAUCGCCAAGUCCGGAACCAAGGCCUUCAUGGAGGCCUUGCAGGCCGGAGCUGACAUCUCAAUGAUCGGUCAGUUCGGCGUGGGCUUCUACUCUGCCUACCUGGUGGCCGAGAAGGUGACGGUCAUCACCAAGCACAAUGACGAUGAGCAGUACGUGUGGGAGUCCGCGGCCGGGGGCUCGUUCACGGUCCGACCUGACACUGGAGAGUCCAUUGGCAGAGGCACAAAAGUGAUCCUGCACCUCAAAGAAGAUCAGACAGAAUACUGCGAGGAGAAACGCAUCAAGGAAGUUGUUAAGAAGCACUCUCAGUUCAUUGGAUAUCCUAUUACACUUUACGUGGAGAAGACAAGGGAGAAGGAAGUAGAUCUUGAGGCCGGGGAGAAAGAGGAGGAUGCCGACAAAGAUGCCUCAGAGGUCAAGGACAAACCUGAGAUCGAGGAUGUGGGCUCCGAUGAGGAUGAGGACACCAAGGAGAGCAAGAACAAGAGGAAGAAAAAGGUCAAGGAGAAGUACAUGGACCAGGAGGAACUGAACAAGACCAAGCCCAUCUGGACCCGCAAUCCCGACGACAUCACCAACGAAGAGUACGGCGAGUUCUAUAAGAGUCUCACCAAUGACUGGGAGGACCACCUGGCCGUCAAGCAUUUCUCCGUCGAAGGUCAGUUGGAGUUCCGGGCACUGCUCUUUGUACCCAGAAGGGCUGCAUUUGACCUCUUUGAGAACAAAAAGAAGAGGAACAACAUUAAGCUGUACGUGCGCAGGGUCUUCAUCAUGGACAACUGUGAGGAGCUGAUUCCAGAGUACCUCAACUUCAUCAAGGGUGUGGUGGACUCUGAGGAUCUGCCCCUGAACAUCUCCAGAGAAAUGCUGCAGCAGAGCAAGAUCCUCAAAGUCAUCCGCAAGAACCUGGUCAAGAAGUGCUUGGAACUCUUCUCUGAGCUUGCUGAAGACAAGGACAAUUACAAGAAGUGCUAUGAGCAGUUCUCAAAGAACAUCAAGCUUGGCAUCCACGAAGAUUCCCAGAACCGGAAGAAACUGUCAGAGAUGCUGCGAUACUACACUUCCGCUUCCGGAGAUGAGAUGGUUUCUCUGAAGGACUAUGUUUCACGCAUGAAGGACAACCAGAAACACAUCUACUACAUCACAGGUGAAACCAAAGACCAGGUGGCCAACUCCGCCUUUGUGGAGCGCCUCCGUAAGGCCGGCCUGGAGGUCAUCUACAUGAUCGAGCCCAUCGACGAGUACUGCGUCCAGCAGCUGAAAGAAUACGACGGCAAGAACCUGGUCUCAGUCACCAAGGAAGGCCUUGAGCUGCCAGAGGACGAGGAUGACAAGAAGAAGCAGGAGGAGCUCAAGACUAAAUUUGAGAACUUAUGCAAGAUCAUGAAGGACAUCCUCGACAAGAAGAUUGAAAAGGUAACGGUUUCCAACCGCCUGGUAUCGUCACCGUGCUGCAUUGUAACCAGCACGUACGGCUGGACAGCCAACAUGGAGAGGAUCAUGAAGUCGCAAGCACUGAGGGACAACUCUACCAUGGGCUACAUGACGGCCAAGAAGCACCUGGAGAUCAAUCCCUUGCAUCCCAUUGUGGAGACCUUGAGGGUGAAGGCUGAGGCGGACAAGAACGACAAGGCAGUGAAGGACCUGGUCAUCCUCCUGUUCGAGACUGCUUUGCUGUCUUCUGGAUUCACACUUGAGGACCCUCAGACGCACGCCAACCGCAUCUACAGGAUGAUCAAACUGGGUCUUGGCAUCGACGAAGACGACUUGGCAGUCGAGGACCUCGCUCAGCCUGCGGAAGAAGACAUGCCAGUUCUAGAGGGUGAUGACGACACAUCAAGAAUGGAGGAAGUCGACUAAACGGUGUCCCGUCUGCUUUCGUAAACUACUUUUUGUAAUUUAUUUAAAUCAUUAAGUUUCUAAACGUUGUCCAGAACGUAGUCAGCUGGGACAGGCUCCAUCUCCACGUGACCUCGAACAGAAUUAAGUGGUUAGAGAAAAUGGAUAGACGGAUGUUUAUGUCUUCCAUUCAUCGAUCCAUCCAUUUUCUAAGCAGGUUAUCUCCAUUAGAGUUGCAUUGGACUUGACACCCCCCCCCCCCCCAUUUUACACACCCUGGACUGGUCACCAGCAAUCACAAGGCAUAUAUAAACAAAACAACCUAACACGCGGCAGACGUGCUAAUCAUUAGGCAGACCUUCAAACCCCAAUGGCCCUGGUCUAUGGUUUUAGGUUAACAAGAUACAAUUGCUUGGAACUGUGAGUCCACUUUUCUUUUUUAACUGUACUGUGAAACCUCCCAAGCAAAAUAAUAGGUCACUGGAAACAUGUAGCUUGUAUCAUUUUGUAACAUAUUGAAAGCAUUACAGUUUAUAAUAAAAUC